AACGCUCCUUGCGCGGGGCUAGCCGGACACUUUUGCGAAUGGACAGGAAGUCGGCGUUGUCCAGGAAACACUACCUCCCUCUCAGCAGAGGCCUAGCCGGAAGCGAUGCUCAGGACCGCAGAACUGCUUUCCUAACCGCUUUCGCCCCAGACUCGUAAGGUUGGAAGGGACCCUGAGUGCCAUCUAGUCCGACCCCCCCUGCAACGCCUAACGUUGGUCUUGGACCCACAGCCGUGAGAAACAAAAAGAAUCUCAUGUGCUGCUACCGGCUGAGUGAUCCCCGGCCUCCCCUCUAAGAGGGGAGACAAGGAGCGGCGAAGAAGAGCGAAGCGGGCGGCGAUGGCGUUGCAGGCGGCGCACCUGGAGGCCGACGCCUUCCUCGUCUGCAUGGUCCACGCGCUGAGCACUGAGCAAGAGGAGGUCAUGGGCCUCUGCAUUGGCGAGGUUGGUGCUAACCGAAUAGUUCAUAUACACUCCGUGAUCAUUCUACACCGGUCAGAUAAGAGAAAAGAUCGUGUGGAGAUUUCUCCAGAGCAGCUCUCAGCUGCUUCAACAGAAGCAGAGAGAUUGGCUAAGUUAACAGGGCAGCCUACAAGAGUUGUCGGCUGGUAUCAUUCUCAUCCCCACAUAACAGUUUGGCCAUCACACGUAGACCUCUGCACACAAGCGAUGUAUCAGAUGAUGGACCAAGACUUCGUGGGGCUUAUCUUCUCUUGUUUCAAUGAUGACAAAAACACAAAGACUGGCCGGAUUCUGUUCACCUGCUUCCAGUCCAUUCAAGCCCAAAAGAGCUCCGAGUAUGAAAGGAUUGAAAUUCCUGUUCAUAUAAUUCCUCACACUACCAUGGGGAAAGCGUGUCUUGAGUCAAUGAUGGAGCUCCCCAGGAUCUUGUGUCAAGAGGAGCAAGAUGCUUACAGGAAAAUCCACAGCCUUACUCAUCUGGAUCCCAUAACCAAGAUCCACAAUGGUGCAGUGUUCACUAAGAAGCUCUGCAGCCAGAUGUCUGUCAUCAGUGGUCCUCUUAUGCAGUGGCUGGAGGAUCGCUUGAAGAAAAACAAAGAGAAGGUGCAGGAACUGCAGCAGGAGAAAGAGAAACUUCUGGAGGAACUCGCUGCCUUGGAGGGAGAAGAAGAAAAAAACCUCAUGGCCUAAGAAACAGCCAACCCUCCUAUCUUGUUGGGUACAUUCUGUGCGUGAUGCAGCACAGAAGCUUCAGUCAAGCGGUUAAGCUCACCACACAAAACAUUUGUUUAGCAGAAACAUUUGCUGUUUACUGUGGACAGCUACCUUAGGCAGCUACCUUAGGUGGGUUUUGGUUCGAUUUGAGAUGCUCCAUCAAUCUCUGCCAUUUUGACAGUAUUUCAGCUGGGACAACUUUUAGGAGUAUAAAUAAAAUUCUGGGUACUCAUCUUUCCAGUAGAUAUUCUCCCAUACCAUGAGAUAGAAAAGGCAUUCCAAUAUUAUUUAAAGAGUUAGAAUAUUUCAGUAUGGGUGCAGAACUCAUCGGUUGGACUUAACUUUUGGAGCUCCAGUACAGAAUGGGAAAUGGAGGAAUGUCAGAAACAUGCAAUCUAUCUAGAGGAGCUAGUCAAGAAUGUCCUUUAUUCCCCGUGCUCUUUGCCAUUGUGAUUGAAGCUUUGGCUAUAGCAGUAAGAGAAAAUGUACACAUCAAUGGGAUAUAAUAUGGCUCUUUAGAUACUAAGAUAAUUCUUUAUGCUGAUGAAGUGGUUCUCACAGUCUCACCCAAAGAAGAUUUAUCAAAAAGUCAUAAGGUUAUUGUCUAGUUAAUAGUGAGACAUCAGUUUUCCCCCCCUGUUUUUCGCUGUUCUUAUUUUAUCUGUAUGCUGCCUUAAAUUCCUGUUGGGGGUGGAAUGUGGGAUAUAAAUAAAUAAGUAGAUGAUACAA